AUGAAUAUUUCACCAACUAGACAUAAUAAUAAUAAUAAUCAAAAACAACAACAACAAUAUAGACCACUAACAUCAUCAUUGUCUAAUCUUAGUCAAACAAGAUCAAGACUGCCUUCAAGAUCAGUAUCUCCUUUUCCUUAUAGAUCAAGAUCAAAUGAAAGAUCUAUUACCAAUACAUCAUCAUCAUCAUCAACAAUAACAACAUCGACUUCAGGAAUAACACAGGGGAAUAAGUUUCAAGAUCAUGAUCAUCCUAGAUUAAUCACUCGUCAUCAAUUAUCUAAUAUGAUUAAAGAACAAGAUAAAAGAGGUAGAAGUCGAUCAAGAGAAAAGAAAAUUAAUCAUCAUGAUUUAUCAAAUACAAUUGAUUCAAAUAAUACUAUAAGUUUAAUGGGGUUUAAUAUUUCAAAUAAAUAA